AUGGCCACCACUCAUCAAAACUCUCAACCAGCUCUCCCCUUACACCUCUGUUUCUUCCUAUUCACCCUCCUAAUCUUCCUUGGUUUCUCAUGGUACUCAAACUAUGAACCAAUAAUAGAGAGCAUAAUGGAUCAAGUGAAGUUGUUUCUAAUGAUUUCACCACUUCUGCUUCUGCUUGUUGUUCACUUUCUUUCCAACUAUGGAGAUGGAGGAGUAUUGUCUUCUUUAAUUCCUUUGCCGGAGAGAGAAUCACUUCAUAGAGCAGGUGGAACUCCUUGGGGUGUUGGUUUGUUUCUUGUUGUUCUUCUUUUCAUGAUUUCUUAUCAAUCUUCUUUUCAAGAACGUUGGUUUCCUCUACUCAGUAGGUGA